ACGCUUCUAACACGCAUGCGUCGCAGGUUGCGAGGGCCCGGAGCUAGCUGUGGCGCUAGCGUAGCAUUCGUUUUGAAAGGAGUUUGAAAGGAUUUUUGCGAGAAACUUAGUCAGAAUUGCUUGAUUUUGUUCACCCACGUACACGUUUCCCGACACGGGGUCGAUCCCUAGACGACCAGAAUGUCGUUCCCUCCGCAUUUAAACCGGCCGUUGCUGCCCCAUCCUGGGAUGCCACCACAGUAUGCUUUCCCUACUGGAGCGCCAAUGAUACCCAUCCACAUGGGCAUCAUGGCUCCAGCCCCUGCAGUGAUGGUCUCGUCCUUGCCGGUGGUCAGUAAGCCCCCAGUCGUCAGGCAGGAUCUCAUUGCUCUACGCGCCAAAGAAAACGACGAGAACAGCGGACCCACCACCACAGUCUUCGUGGGGAACAUAUCGGAGAAAGCUUCGGAUAUGCUGAUCAGGCAGCUGCUGGCGAAAUGUGGCAUCGUCCUGAGCUGGAAGAGAGUCCAGGGAGCCUCUGGUAAACUCCAAGCUUUUGGUUUCUGCGAGUACAAGGAGCCAGAAUCCACCCUGCGAGCCCUGCGGCUGCUUCAUGACCUGCAGAUCGGAGACAAGAACCUCCUGGUGAAGGUGGACGCCAAAACCAAGGACCAGCUGGAUGAGUGGAAGGCCAAGAAAAAGAGCGCCAAUGGAGAUCUGAAAGCUGACGACGGCAGCGGCGUUGACAACAACGAGGAAGAGGAGGAGGUUCUUGACGAAGAGACGAAGAACAAGGACCUGGUGGUGAAAAGCUCUAUUGACGGUCUGAUAAACGAGUAUGCCGCCGAUCUCAACGCGCCGUCGCCGGAUGAAGAUGCCCUGCGCCGGAAACGGAAGGAGAAGAAAAAAGAAGAGGUAAACCCUUGGAAACGUUUUCUCCUCAUGCUUCUGUUUCGCUGUGUUCAAUCACUUCUGUGUCCUCAGGAUGACAUAAACACCAUGGAUGUGGAGGAGGACAAGCGAGACCUGAUCUCCAGAGAGAUUAGUAAAUUUCGAGACACCCACAAGAAACUGGAGGAGGAGAAAGACAAGCGGGAGAAGGAGCGGGCAGAGUUUGAGCGGGAACGGAAGGAGCGGGAAAAGGAGCGUGAGAAGGAGCGAGAGCGGUGGGAUCGCGAGCGAGAGAAGGAGCGUGAAAAGGAGCGCGAGCGAGACAAAGAGCGAGACAGAGACCGCCGGACCAGAGAGCGGGAGCGGGAGAGGGAACGAGACCGCAGCCGAGACAGGAGCAUCAACCGCAGCAGGUCCAGGGAGGCGAGUCGCGACCGAGAGCGGGAGAAGAAGCGCGACCUGGAGGAUGUGGAGGAUGCGUACGAGCGGCGGAAGCUGGAGAGGAAGCUGCGUGACAAGGAAGCGGCUUAUCAGGAGCGCCUGAAGAACUGGGAGCUGCGGGAGAGGAAGAAGGCCCGGGACUACGCCAAGGACUCUGAGAGGGAGGGCGUGCGGCGGAGAGAGAUGAUGAAGGAAGGCAAGCGGCUGAAGGAGUUCCUGGAGGACUACGACGACGACCGAGACGACCCCAAGUACUACAGGGGCAGUGCACUGCAGCGACGUCUGCGCGACAGAGAGAAGGAGACGGAGGUGGACGAGCGAGACAGGAAGAGAGAGAGGGAGGAGCUGGAGGAGAUCAGACGCAGGCUGCUGGAAGAGGGACAUCCAGAUCCAGACGCCGAGCUGCGCAGGAUGGAGGAGGAAGAGGAGGAGCGUCUGCGACGGCCUCCCGUCGUCCAGGAGCCCGAGCCCCGCCUCCACCUGCACCAGCACAGGCCUCCGCGGGACCACAGGCCCGACCAGGUCCGACCCGAGUCCCGGUCCCGCCCCGCCCCCUCGGACGACGAGGUGGAGGACGGCGAGGAGGACUUGGACGGGGAGAAGCCGUGUCUGAAGCCCACCAUGCGGCCCAUCACCGCCGCGCCCUCCGUGUCGUCGGCCAGUGGCGGCGCCUCCCCCGACACGCCGGGCCACGACUCGCCGUGCGGCAUCAUCAUCCCGCACGAGAACUCGCCUCGGGACCUGCUGCCCCAGGACGAGAACCGGCCCAAGAUCGGGCUGAGCCUCAAGCUGGCUGCAGCAGGAAGCCCCAGCCAGCCGCACGCCGGCAAGAGGAAGAAGCUGCCGGUGGACAGCGUCUUCGGCAGGUUUGAGGAGGAGGAGCCGGAUGAGCAGCCCCGCAUGAGGAAGCUGGUGCCGCUGGACUACGACGACGACAAGAGUCUGGGCGUGGAGGGCGCCACGCUGUCUGGCGUGAAGGGCGCCAACUCAGAGGAAAAGCAGAGGCACAUCAAGAGCCUGAUCGAGAAGAUCCCCACGGCCAAGCCCGACCUCUUCUCAUACCCGCUGGACUGGACCAUGGUGGACUCGACUCUGAUGGAGCGACGCGUUCGUCCGUGGAUCAACAAGAAGAUCAUUGAGUACAUCGGGGAGGAGGAGGCCACGCUGGUGGACUUCGUCUGCUCCAAGGUGAUGGCUCACGGUACUCCACAGCAGAUCCUGGAUGACGUCGCCAUGGUUCUGGACGAAGAGGCCGAAGUCUUCAUCGUGAAGAUGUGGCGCCUCCUCAUUUACGAAACGGAGGCCAAGAAGAUUGGACUGGUGAAGUAGCGCAGAGACCCUGGCGGCAGGCUUCCGGUACAGCGGCAUCAAAACGUCCGGUGAUAUUUAUUAGGAGGCCGUGGAACUUCUGAAGAGCACUCACCUCGUAACCACUAGAAGAUGUUGCUGCUGUAAAAACGCUCGUUUGUUUUGUAUCGGUGAAGAAUAAAUGAUUUUUAAUAAACGCUGACUCAGCCA